AUGAUGAAUCCUGGUUUCAGCGCAAACAUUUUUCCCAGCAGCUCUUCGCCGACUCUCUACCAGAGCCAUCAGCUCGUAAGUUUGUAUUCUAUAGAGAGAUCUCUAGGAUGAAUGUAUUGAUCGGUUAAUUAGGGUCAAGGUCGGCCAGAAACGUGGGUGAGCAAGAAGUGGCCCAUGUGGGGCACAGAAUUUUCGAUGAAAGAAUUAAAGUCAAAAUGUAAACACGCUCCAGCAGACUUUAACGCCGAGCAAACUUUUUCGAAAUACCAAGUGGAAGUAAAUUUAGGAGAUAGAAAAAUUUGCGAAAAAAUUUAUGUCAUACAAAGGGAAUGUUGUGAAUUAACUACUUGUUUGAAAGUAGUCAUCAUAAAUUGGAGACCGCAGUUUUGCGCUUUACGAAUUUCUUUCGGAAGAAAGAGCACUCUGAUAUCUAUUACCGGAAUUCAUAAAAGUUUGCAAACCAAUUUGGCCAUUUUGAGCUUGAUCAACAACAGGAAAGUUUUGAAAAUUAUGUGCUCUAACGUACUUGCACCCUUGUUGAUAUUUUCUAAAAACUAACUUGUCCAAUAACUCAAAUUGCUAUUCUUGUUCCAGCAGCCGAAUCCAUCGACAGCGAUGUACGCGGCAACGACUCGAGACAUGGGCAAACCGCCGGUGCGCGGAAAGACCUCUCCGUACGGAUUCUUUGUGAAAAUGUGCUACGAAGAGCACAAAAAGAAGUAUCCGAACGAGAACGUCCAAGUGACAGAGAUAUCGAAAAAGUGUUCGGAAAAAUGGAAAACGAUGGUGGACGACGAGAAGCGACGAUUCUACGAGCUGGCGCAAAAGGACGCGGAGCGGUACCAGGCAGAGGUUAGUGUACGUUUUUCGCAUAUUGUUUCACAAUAGUUUCGUAGGAGAGCGUCGGUGGUGACGUGGUGGUUCCAAAUGAGUCCACGAGCUCAUCCGCCGACGAACACGCAACCGGAACUGUACAUUCGGAGGUACUCUGAACUCGCUAACCGUUACUUUCAUUCCAGGUGGCUGCCUACGGCGGUGAAGACGCGAUGAGAAAGCGAAAACGCGCCAAGAAAGACCCGCACGCACCCAAAAGAGCCCUGUAGGCGUCCGAUUUUCGGCAGACUCCCUCCAAUUUAUCCGUUUUCAGAUCUGCCUUCUUCUUCUAUUCUCAGGAUAAACGUCCUGACAUUCAGUCGGCACAUCCUGAUUGGAAAGUCGGACAGGUUGCUCAGGAGCUCGGGAAAUUGUGGAAGACGGUGCCGCAAGAGACGAAGGAUAUGUACGAGAACAAGGCACAAUUGGACAAGGACCGCUAUGCAGAGGUACACAAAAACAGGCUCAGUGUUCUAAGAAGGAAUACUUGUUUCAGGAAAUGCGAGUAUACAAGUCUGAAAUGUCGAAGAUGCCGGGCAUGGAUCAUUUUGAAGAGGAUCACCAUGGUUCGCACGUUGUACACGUGGAAGACAUCAACAGCCAGAUCCUCUCCUAG